CACAAAGCAUUGACCGAAUCCAUCGGCUAUUUUCUAGCCAAAGAUAUGCAGGCUAUCAAUACAGUCGAGGGCGAGGGCUUUAAGAAAAUGAUCAGAGAGCUUGACAAACGCUAUGCUCUGCCCUCUCGACAUUAUUUCACCAGAAAUGUCCUGCCAGGGAUGUACGAGAAUUGCCGAGAGAAAGUUUCAAAAGAAGUGUUGGAAGCGGAUCACUUCGCAGCAACAACGGAUCUAUGGUCUAGCCGUACAAGCGAACCAUAUAUUAGCCUCACUGUGCACUUCAUCGACAACGAGCUCAACUUAAAAGUAAAGUGUCUGCAGACGGCUUUCAUGCCAGAAGACCAUAUGGGGCAAAACAUCGCGGACAUAUUGAGGGAAUCUCUGGCGCAAUGGGGAUUAGACGAAAGCAAAUUGGUCUGCAUCACCACUGAUAACGCAGCGAACGUUAACCUGGCUACACAAAUCAAUGGAUGGACGAGGCUCCAAUGUUUCGGGCAUCGACUGCACUUGGCCAUAGAAAAUGCAAUGAAGAAUUCCGAUGACAAGAUCAGCCGUGCCAUGGGAGUCUGUAAGAGGUUGGUCAGUAGCUUCAGCUACAGCUGGAAAAAGAAGAGGGAACUUGAAGAAGCCCAGAAGCAACUGAAUCUGCCUCAGCACGCCCUCAAGACCGAAUGCCCGACCAGAUGGGGAUCUAGACAGGCCAUGGUCGCCAGAAUCCUUGAGCAACAGAAGGCGAUUGCCCAGGUCCUUUCCAAUGACCGGAAACAACGACAUCUAUACCUCUCCUGGCAAGACAUCGAUGUACUGGAAGCUGUCAAUAAGUCACUGGCCCCUCUGGUUGAUUUCACAGACGCGCUGUCAGGAGAAAAAUAUGUGAGCAUCUCUCUUGUGAAGCCAACACUGCAUCUCUUCAAUAACUCAGUCUUGAAAGAUCAAGAAGAUGACACACUGCUUGCCAAAACCAUCAAGCAUGACAUACUGGGCUACCUCAAUGAGAAAUACAGUGGCAGUGAAACACAAGAGCUACUUGACAUGGCGUCUGCCCUAGACCCAAGAUUCAAGUUGAAGUAUGUGGAUGAAGACCAGAAGGAAUCCAUUGUGAGUCGAGUGAAACUGGAGCUGAGGGAUGCCAGAGCUCCCAGUGCUAUGGUGGAAGCCCCUUCAGUGACAACUGUGGCCCCUGCUGAUACUGAGGAUGCUGCUGGUACAGAUGUUCCUAGCAAGAAGAGGAAGCUCCUGGCCAGCUUCUUCAAGGCCACUCCAGACCAGGGUGCAGGGCCUCACCUACAAGAAGACCAAGUAAUUUCUCUCGAGGUCCAGUCUUACUUCCAGUCCGAAACAACAGAUGCUGAGAAGGACCCGAUGAUAUGGUGGAGAGAUGCGAAGGCCAUCUACCCACGUCUUUCAAAGCUUGCCAGAAAAUACUUGUGUAUACCUGCCACAAGUUCCUCUUCAGAGAGAGUUUUCAGCACUAGUGGGAACAUUGUCACUUGCUUGCGAGCAUCUUUGAAACCUGACCAUGUCAACAGGCUGGUGUUUCUAGCAAAAAAUCUUUAGCAGCAUUUGCUAGUUCAGGACAGGUGCUCAUUUCAAGUUCAUUCCAAGUUCAAUGGUGGGUGUUAACGAAAAAAAUGUAACAAAUACAAAAGUGGAACAUUUUAUUUU